GUCGUUGAGUAGAUCACACAUAAAGAUUGCUGAGUGCUGAUCACCCGCUGAUUUUCCCACGAGCACAGACCGAUCUGUCGGCGAGCUCGUUAAUUUACAAAUCGGGCUUAAAAUCCUGUAGUGUGAACUAGGCUUUAGUCUUUCAAUCGAAUCGAUUGUCAUGAUUCAGUAUCAAGGAUGAAGUUAGUGUGUUUAAAUUAGAAUUACAUUCAAGCAAACUUUUGUUGUUGUUUUUUGAAAACCAUCUCAGUAAAUAGACCUUAACAGCUAACUCCAAUGGUGUGUCUAAAAACAGACGCUCAGCAUGUCACUCCAGCAUUACCUCAUCUUCUUUCGGGGGCGCUACGUCUUUGCGGUCCUUAGACGAUGCGUAUUAUGGGAAAUGUAGUUUUCAUACAGACACAGCGCAUAUGCGUUGUACAGUAGAGCAACAGUUUGUCGCCUCCGUUUCCCACAAUCCUGAGCUGAGAAGGCUCACUGGUGGGUGGUGGCUUUUGCUUGUGUGGGGUUUGGUUAGAUUUCUGUAGCUACCUUUGUAAACUAGCUGCUAACUAGCUUUAAACUAGUCACAUAGGGUUUAUAAAAAACACCUUUAUGGUGCAACGACAAGCAGCUUUUGCUAAGGAAAGGUGUUGAACUUAAUUACAGAAUGGAGAGACAGUUGCAUUUGAAUUUGUUAGCUUCCAGACCCCCGACGGCAGGAGGUUUACAGUCGGGCUCGAAAAUGAAAAUGGGACCUGGGAGAAAGCGUGACUUCUCUCCCCUGCCCUGGAGUCAGUAUUUUGAAACCAUGGAAGAUGUGGAAGUGGACAAUGACAACAGCAAAGACACAUUCAGGAUCUACAGCAGUGGUUCUCAGGGUCCGGUGCUGCUUCUGCUUCAUGGAGGAGGCCACUCGGCUCUCUCCUGGGCUGUCUUCACUGGAGUGAUAUGUAGCAGGAUUAAGUGCAGGGUUGUGGCUAUGGAUCUCAGGGCACACGGAGACACAAAAGUGAGAAACCCAGAAGACCUGUCAGCUGAAACAAUGGCCAAGGAUGUUGGAAAAGUUGUUGAAGCUCUCUAUGGUGAAAACCCACCCCCAAUAAUGAUGAUCGGUCACAGCAUGGGUGGAGCAAUAGCGGUCCACACUGCCGCAGCCAAUCACGUGCCGUCGUUGCUUGGCCUUUGUGUGAUUGAUGUAGUGGAAGGUACAGCGAUGGAUGCCUUAAACAGUAUGCAGAAUUUUUUAAGGAGUCGACCAAAAACUUUCAAGUCAGUGGAGAAUGCCAUUGAGUGGAGUGUAAAGAGCGGCCAGAUCAGGAAUAUCGAGUCUGCACGUGUGUCUAUGGUUGGACAAGUAAAAAAAUGUGAUGAGCCUUUGAGCAGUCCUGGCAUUUCUAAAAGCAUUAGUGAAGGCAUCAUUGAGGAAGAGGAGGAAGAGGAGGAAGAUAGUGAGUCCAACCUCAAAAGGAAGAAAGAAGAUGACCAAGAGGUGAAGAAAGAGAGCCUGUACACCUGGCGGAUUGAGCUGUCUAAGACGGAGAAGUACUGGGAGGGCUGGUUCAGAGGCCUGUCCUCUCUCUUCCUCACAUGUCCUGUGCCAAAGCUACUGCUACUGGCUGGUAUUGACCGACUGGAUAAAGACCUUACCAUAGGACAGAUGCAGGGAAAGUUCCAGAUGCAGGUUCUCCCACAGUGUGGCCAUGCUGUCCAUGAGGAUGCACCUGAAAAAGUAGCUGAUGCUUUAGCCACCUUUAUGGUGCGGCAUAAGUUCACCGAAUUUAAAGAAGACUUCCCCUGACGACGUACAGUCUCCGCUAGCCUUCGUCCAUCAGCUUGGUGCAAUGAAAGUGAUGAAUCCCAUUCUCCUUAUCUCUGUUGCUCUUCAUCAGCAAGUACAGUACUACCACCAACAUGCCAUCAUCUCUGCUGCAAAUCCUUCUUAGCACUUCAUUCUUAAAAUAAUGUUUUGUUAAUUUCGAUUAAAUUAGGUAUGUUUGUUGUUGUUAUGAUCAUAACUGUAGGAUGUGUAGAUCUUAUGCUAAGAUUGUAAGAUCACUGAAACUGGCAGAGUUUAUUUAUUCUUAUUUUCUUCUAUAAGUAUUUUUCUUCAUUUGCAUUUCAUCCAAUGCCUUGCUUGUUUGUUGUUAAAAAUUAUGAUGACUGCGUCAUGUGUUCUAUGUGUUAUUCAUUGUCAAUUUUCAAGAAGGGUUAAAAAAAAAAAAAAAAAAAAAAAAAUGUUGAAACAAUUUGUACAUUGACUUUCAUGUGAUUUACAUUUCAGGAAUAUCGUCUCAUGUAUGCACAAAUUGUCCAUAUAUAUAUAUAUAUAAGAAAAGAAAAUGUUGUAGGAUGUUGUACACGUCAACAUUCUUUCAUUGGGCCAUAUUUAUAAAACUUAUAUUUAUCAAGCACUAUUUAACAUAGUCCCAAAGUCAUGCCUGAUGUCACCGAAUAGAUUUCAGCUCAUAAUCUAGUAUUAUAAAAUAAUCUUGAGUACAUAUAGCAUUUGUAAGUUUGUUUUUUAUUCUAAAUCAGCAUAAAUUUGACAAAUACUUGUAACAGAAGUCUAAAUAAUAUAUAAAUUGAGCCUGAGGUGGGCAAUAUUUGUUAGAGUAGUUUUAUGUAGCUUGAUCAGUGCAGCAAAAAACAAAAAAAAAGAUUAGACAACAGUUUGUAUUGAACUGAUUAUUAAAAUUAAAUAAAUGUCAGAACUUAGCUGAGCAGCCAGA